AUGGUUUCGCUGGAGCAAGGAAAGAGGUUGACCGCGCUGAGAAAGUUGAUGAAGGAACACGACGUCGAUGCGUACAUCGUUGACUCGGGGGAUGCGCACGGCUCCGAGUGAGUUUGACCCGCCUCACGCGCCUACAAGGGAUGGAGGGUGGUUUAGUUGUAAGAGGUUGUAGGUCGAGUACUUACGGAAUGGGGUUUGGGCUUUUUCGCGCAGGUAUAUCGCUGCGUGUGAUGAGAGGAGGGUCAGUUCUCGCGCUACGACUGACCUCGGCCGCUGUCACGCGAACGUGUGCAGUCGGGCUGCUGGACGAGCCUGAGGGGGGCGGGGGCGCAACGGAUGCUAAUCGCGGAACGAAUGUCGUGGUUCCCUUUUGAGUAGGCCUGGAUCUCUGGCUUUACGGGUAGUGCAGGUACGUGAAGGUGCUCGUUGGGGCUAUGUUGUGUUGCUGGUCAGCCCCAACUUUCCUCGGCAGGAGGCUGAUGUGGGGCUCCAAUCGGGUCUCUGUCGCCGUACCCGUACACUGCAGGAACGGCCGUCGUCUUCACCAACGAGGCGAGGUUGACGACCGAUGGACGAUACCAGUAAGUUUUGAAGCUUUCAGGGUUGGUAUGACGACUUGCCAGAUUUGGGAGGCUGGAUUUGAUUGAUUGUCCUUCUCACAGUCAACAAGCCGGAAACGAACUCUCGUCCGAGUGGACGCUGUACAAGCAUGGAAUCCCUGGUCAGUUCCACCCUUGCCGCUACUGCUCGGAAUCAAAGACCGAAACACCAAUACAGAAUCUUUUUGUCAAAACCACAGAGGUCAAGUCUUGGCAAGAACAACUCGCGACAUUGCCCCCCUCGACCCAAAUCGGCCUUGACCCGACGCUCAUCUCCGUCGGCGACUACCACACCAUUCUCCCGACUCUUUCGAGCGAGUCCAAAUUGGUCCCCAUCGAGACCAAUCUCGUUGAUGCGAUCUGGUCCGAUCGACCUGCGCGUCCCAAGAACCCCGUCGUGCUUCAAGAGAUCAAGUACGCCGGCCAAGCGUCGACCGACAAGUUGGAAGCGAUUCGUAAGGAGGUGACGAAGAAGGACGACGCUUCGACGUCGGUACCGAAAGCCAAGACGACGUACCUCGUCAGCUCGAUGUUGGAUGAGAUAUGCUGGACGCUCAAUCUUCGAGGAUCGGACAUCGCGUUCAAUCCCGUCUUUUUCGCUCAUCUCGUCAUCCCCAUCGACGCGCGCGAGAAACCGACCUUGUUCGUCGAUCUGGAGCAGUUGCCGCAAAGCGUGUACGAGUACCUCGAUCAAGAGGUCAAAGUUGAUAUUGAGCCGUAUGAGGAUGUAUACAAGUUCUUGAAGACCGUGGGGCAAGGCCUGGGCGAGCAUGAGAAGGUCAUGAUGCCCAAGAGCACGAACUUGGCUCUGGCGCUCGCGGUCGGAUUGGACAAGUGCGAUGCUGGUUCGAGGGGUCCCAUUGGUGCGUGGUUGGCGGUUCGGGCUACUGGCAGUGCUGCCCGAUAUCUGAAUCUCGUCCUCGCCUCGUACACACAGUCGACUUGAAGGCGGUCAAGAACGACGUCGAGAUCGAGGGAUUCCGACAAUCCCACCUCCGCGAUGGUGUUGCCUUAGUGCGGUACUUUGCUUGGCUCGAACAACAGCUCAACGCCGAUACGAACGUCUCUGAAUACGAAGGGGCUCAACAACUCGAAAAGUUCCGAAAGGAGCUUGACCUCUUCAAGGGGCUUUCGUUCACGACCAUUUCCUCGACCGGUGCCAACGCCAGCAUCAUCCACUAUCACUACUCCGAAGACCCCGCGCAAGCUACUCGCAUCCGAAAAGACCAGAUCUACCUCUGCGACUCUGGAGCGCAAUUCAACGACGGCACGACCGAUACGACGCGCACGUUGCAUUUCGGGGAACCGAGUAUGAGGGAACGCAGGGCGUAUACGAGGGUCCUGCAGGGUCAUAUCGCGAUCGAUACGGCUGUGUUUCCGGAGACGACGACGGGAUACCUUUUGGACGCGUUUGCGAGGAGACCGCUUUGGUUGGAUGGGUUGGGUGAGUCGCGACUUUUGACGCAAAAAGAGGUUGAGGGUCGAUGCGAGAGAAGAGCUUGAAGGCUCGAUGCGAGCAGAGGUUCAAAGUCGAUUCGUUUCUUCUGACAUCACCUCGCGUACGACCUUCACGCUCCCAGACUACCGCCACGGAACGGGACACGGCGUCGGAAGUCAUAUCAACGUUCAUGAAGGUGGGUCUUUGCUCUUGCUCUCAUCUACAUCUGUAUCUUGCGCUAGAGACAGAGCAUCUGAUGUGUGCAAGCAAAAUCUCACAGGUCCACAAGGAAUUGGAACGAGGAUUGCAUACAAUGAGGUCAAGGUCGGUCGGUCCCGCAUGGUUUGUUGACGGUUGCAUCGGUUGCUGAGCUCCUGACGGCAUUCUGAUCCUCAGCUUCGAGCGGGGCAUGUUUGCUCGAACGAGCCGGGUGGGUGACGGGCCUAUGUUUCGACUGUCUAUAUUCUCCAUUCUGAACGACCUCCUAGCUUCUCGUAAUAGGCUACUACGAAGACGGCAAGUUCGGCAUUCGCAUCGAGAACAUCGUCGUCGUGCGCGAGGCUUCCACGCCGAACCAGUUUGGAGGAGUCAACUUCCUCGAGAUGGAGAGUGUGACGCAGGUGAGUGACGACGACGUUUGAUGCGUACGGUGUAUUCAUCGCCCGCAGCACGCUGUUUGCGUACAGGUACCGAUCGCGACGAACCUUGUUCUGGUCGACCUGCUUUCACCGGACGAGCGCGAUUGGUUGAACGCUUACAACGCCGGGGUGAGGGAAAAACUGACGCCGUUGAUCAAGAAAACAGGGGACGAGUCGGCGUUGAAGUGGUUGGAGAAAGAGACCCAAGCGUUGUAG